AUGCGGCCGGCCAGCAGCAGUGUUGCCGUGUCUGCGGAAGAGUGCGCUGCGUUGGUUGACUUCCUGAUUGCAAAUGCCUCCAAAAAAUUAGCAGGCCAUGAAAACAGAAAAAGGCGUCUUCAACAAGAAAAAGCAGCCAAGAAACACCAAAAGCUAUCAAGUUUUUUCAGUCCCAAGUCUAACAGUGGGAACAAUGCAGGCUCAACUUCUUCAGUUAGAUCUAUCUCUCUAGAUUUGUCAUCAAAUGUUUGUGAAGUCAAACCAACUGAAGAUACGGAACCUUCUGAAGGAAAGAACGAUUGCGCGCAUAAAUCAAAACAUCACGAUCGCAUUUGCAAUAUUGUUGAAGACUUGGGCAAUAAUGUCAUAGCAGGGAAUUCUGAGGAUUUUAAAACUAAAUUUGAAAACUUCCCCAAAAGAAAUGUCAACUACUAUGAUCCAGCAGCGGAAACUGAUCACAUCAUUAUGAACGGACCACAUCCUAUGAAUAAACAGUACAGUUUUCCCCCAAAAAAUUCAGACAAACGUAGUUUCUCCGUGACAAUGAUGUAUAGGAAAAUUAACAACGGUGAAAAUUUUCUUAGAAGGUGGCUUGUUUAUUCAGAGAGCAGCAAUAAAAGUUGUUGUUUUUGUUGCAAAAUUUUUGGCUUGACAAAUAAGUCAUUUUUAGGAAAAUCUGAAAUUAAUGACUUGAAGCAUGCUCGUGAAUAUUUGCAAUCACAUGAAAAUUCAGUACAUCAUCUGGAAUGUCUUAAGAAGUGGUUUGAGACAUCACUGCGAUUGCAGAUUAAUAAAACUAUUGAUAAGGAGAUACAGUCACGUGUGGAAAAGGAACGAGAGCAUUGGUGUAAAGUUUUGGAACGUUUAAUGAGCAUCACUCUGUAUUUAGCUGAAAACAAUUUGGCUUUCAGGGGAACUUCAGACACAUUAUUUACACCGCACAAUGGGCAUUUUUUAGGUCUUGUUGAAAUGCUUGGAAAAUUUGAUCUGACUAUGAACGAACAUUUACGUCGGGUUGUGUCUAAAGAAACUCACAUUCAUUAUUGUGACAAAAAUGUUCAGAAUGAAAUAAUCAAUGCAGAUCUAAAGUCAAGAAAAAAAUGUUUUAGUUAG